UGAUGGAGCAUCUUACCCCGCCGGUAAUGCAUAGAUUUAUCCCUGAACUAAAUAGUUAUCAGGUGCAAUCUACGACCCACUUGAAUGGUAGUGGGAGCAAGAGACAGCAGUCUAAUAAUGAUCGUUGGGUGUUUUCUUACGCUGUAAACAGACAGUAUUUUGGUGAAAACACGAGGCACUAUCCUAAUAUCCCAAACUGGGUAGUUGAACAAAUGGCUAAUGAUUUGUUGGGUAGACUGUAUGAGCUAGAUGCUGAUAACAUAUGUAUAAACUUUAACGGGGAAUUCGGUUUAUGGGGAAAAUUGCAAGUAGCCAACGCAGAUACUGCUGGAGGUAUUGGUGCUUCCCAAUGUGAUCCAUAUUAUAAUAACGAUUAUGCUGGAGGAGGACAUUGGACAUACAAUUACCAAGUACAUGAUGAGUUGUAAUAUAGAACUCAGCAGUCUAUACAAUAAUACAAAAAGCUAUAUUUCUCUCUUUUAUAUCUUUGUCUUUACAUUCGUUGGAACUCGGGAUUUUGAGUAUUUUUGUGAUCUGAGACGAGGGCGUCCCUGCAAUAAUCUGUGGCGUAGAAACCGAAAUAGCCUAGUCUGGCGGGCGUAGCUGCCGUAGUUGCUGAGAUGAAGGCCUAUGACGUCAUGCAACAUCGAGUGAAAAUCUUCACCAGAAGUAGGUCAACUUGGUCCCAAUAGGUCGCUGGACGGCACGGUUGUGGUCUUCGCUGUGCAUUGGUGUAGUGUGAGUAUUUAUGGCUCUCUUGCAUGGGAGAGCGGCGAGUUUGAUCUAUUAUCUACUUGACGCAAUUUCUGAAUUACUAUGGGGUAUCAAGUACGACAAAAGAACCUAUAGAAUGCAUGAGAGCUGAGGAAUAGAUUAAGCCUUCCAAUAACACUUUUUCCCGGGUCGUUGCUGAGUACCAGAUAUGUACAUUGAUGACGUCAGCAGUCAAAAUUCCAUAAAUGACGCCGAGAAUAUCGACACUACACCUGGAAUACCUUCUCUUGUUUUUUGUCUUAAAUUCAUUAUUAAAUUAAAAUUAAAAAAGAUCUAAUAGGCAAACUUCUAUGACUUAUGCUAUCUGAUACCUUUCAGAACUUCAUAAUGGCUACCAUCGUGACAGAUAGCUAUCACCUGUUCACCGCUAAACGUGAAGGUCUUGAUGUAUUUUCGAGUGCCACCCGUCGAGAGAACUGCGAUGUUCGUACGGCAAGCCAAAGCUGCAUUUAUAAGAACAUAUUCAUCUCCCCAAGUUCCUUCUUUCUGCAUUUCUU